GCGCUCCGUGUUAUGCUCUGUGGAGUCCUGGCGUUAAACGAAUUGUGACCGCUGUCUACAUUUGUAAUUAUGUUCAACACAAGUCUAGUAACACUUUUAUCACUCAUGUUUGACCCAGUUGUAACCAAAACAUGGAAAAUAUUGAUUUGAAUGAAGCGCUCAAUCAGUUUGUUUACACUUAAUCUGUUCACCGGAUGCUUCGACCAAGUGUCAAACACACUGGAACUAGAAAAAAAGUCGACGAAACUUUAAUCGAUUCGAACGGCGAAUAUGAUACCAAAUUUUCUCCCGUUCGAUUCUGGAGCUUCCGACGGAUUCGAGAGUCGUUCGACGUACAAUCAUUAUCCGAUAUACGCUAUCGUACGGGACUGAGCGCAACAGCGUAUCUCGAGUUUUCGCGUAUAGCGGAUUCCUAUGGAAAAAUAGUUUACACUACCGGUUCGAGGGUUGAAAUAUAUCGCCAUAGAGUUUUGCAUUAAAGUUUUUUGUCAUAAAACAAGCAUCUUUUGCACAAAUUUAAUGCAAAAUGCAUUAAGAACAGUAAGGAAAUUCAAAAAGAACAUAAAAUAUUUCAAAGAAUCAAAAUAUUUGCAAAAAACACAUGGAGCUGUCAAACUUAGAGAAAUCGCGUACUGCGGAUAAUUGCUGUAUAUGAUAGGCCUGUUUUUAGAAGGCAUUUAAAAAUUUUAUACGGGAUUUCACAGAUCAAAUCAGACGUGCGAUUCGUCGGACUCCGCAUCCUAUUUUAUCUAUCAAAAACUAAAUCUGUGGUGUUUUGUAGUGCGACCUCGCAGACUGCUCGAAUUUGUUUUGCGGGACAUGUAUUUUUUUGGUCGUAGACAAUACGGUUAAUAGUGUAUCUCGGGGACUGCCUGUACAUGGUUGAUUUCAACUGUCGAGGUUUUUUAGUUGCUUGUCCAUCCUGGCGUUGAUGUCGGCUUGAGAUUUACCUGUUGAUUAAUAACCAAGCACGAGACCCUACUUUAAACCCACUCACUGAAUCUGAAAUUCAUUGAACUAAGCUAUGUCGAAAAAGUUUAGCUGCAUUGUUGCUAUUUGUGAAAAUCGUGGUAUUGGCAUUAACGGAGAUUUACCAUGGAAACUAAAGCAGGAACUAAAAUAUUUUUCACAUACUACGAAGAAAGUUAAUGAUGCUGACAAAAGAAAUGCGGUUAUCAUGGGAAGAAAAACGUACUUCGGGGUCCCAGAAAGCAAACGUCCAUUGCCGGAGCGUCUAAAUAUUGUGUUGACGCGAAAUGCGGCUGCCUAUACUUUUCCGCCGGAUGUGUUGGUUUGUGGCAGCCUGCAGGAAGCAUUGCACAAGCUGGAUUCAACUGACCAUGGGGAACACAUAGAGAACAUUUGGGUUGUCGGAGGUAACAGCGUAUAUAAGGAAGCCAUGGAAUCCGAUCGUUGCCAUCGAAUCUAUUUGACGGAAAUCAAAAAGCAAUUCGAUUGUGAUGCAUUCUUCCCAGAAAUACCCAAUUCUUUUAUGGUGAUUGAUAAUGAUCCAGACACUCCAAGUGGUGUGCAAGAAGAAAACGGAAUACAGUAUGUAUACAAGAUAUAUGAGAACAAACAGCAAUAGGUUGGAUAUCAUAGGUCGAAGCAAAACUUACGGUCCUUUAUCAUCUAUUAUCGUUUGGCUUCCUGCAGUAGCUCAUACAGCUGAGCUAUCUGUUCAUCUCGAAAAUGGUUUAAUUGAGUUUCAGUCAAAUCUUCUCCAAUCAUUCCAAUCGGUCCGGGUUUCCCUCGCAAACCCAGUUGCUCAGCAAGAUUUAUCGCAUAUCCCUGUAAGAAUAAGGAAAAUACGACGUUUUAAAUAUGUAAAACUUUCAUGGAAAUAAAACUAUGGGUAAAUAGUAACUUACUGCCCAUUCGCUCAUAAA